AUGAUUCGUGGAUCAGGUGUUCGUAGUGCUGUCAAGUCCUUGGCUGCUCGCCGUUUCGUGUCUACUGCAAACAGUCAGACCAAAUAUGCAACUUUAUCGAAUGGAGUCACCGUGGCUACCGAAUCCAAUCCUCAUGCCGAAAGUGCUACUCUUGGUUUAUGGUACACUGGAGGUUCUAGAUCGGAACAUCCAUACAGCAAUGGUGUUUCUGCAUUGACCACCAACUUAUUGGCCACCAAGAGUGCCAAUGGCAUUCUUUUCAGCAGUGAAAAUGGUAAAGAAUUCAACGGAGUUAUUGCACAAACCACCAAUGACAAUGCCAAGGAGGCCGCCAAAGCUAUUGGUGAAAUCGCCUCUUCUGCUUCCAGUGUGAUCGGAAGUGCCGAUGCUGGUGCUGUGAAAGCCGCUUUGAUUGCUGAGGCUGCUAAACUUGAAGCUACUCCUUCCAAGAUGGUAUUGGAACAUUUGAACGCUACUGCUUUCCAAGGUUACUCUUUGGCUUUACCAACCUUGGGAACCACCGAGUCGAUCUCUGGUUUGGAAACCCAGGAUUCCGAGCGUUUCUUGGACAGACAUCUUGUAGGUUCGAACGUGGUGAUUGCUGCUUCCGGUAACAUCAACCACGACGAAUUGGUGGAUGCUCUCGAAUCCUCCGUCAACAUCAAGCAAGGAUUGAAGCCACAAGUCAAGCCUGCCUCCUUCUUGGGUUCUGAGGUCAAGAUGAGAGACGAUACUUUGCCAAAGGCUUACGUUUCUCUCGCUGUUCAAGGUGAGGGUAUUACCUCCCCAGCUUACUACGUUGCCAAGGUUGCCGCUGCCAUUUUCGGAGACUUCGACCAUCACUCUCCUGUGGCUUCGUACACCUCCGCCAAAUUGGCUUCGAGAGUUCAAGAGUAUCACAUUGUGGACAAAUACACCCACUUUUCCACCUCUUACUCGGACACUGGUUUGUGGGGUUUCAAUGCUGAAGUCUCUAACGUUACUUCGCUUGAUGAAUUUGUCCAUUUCACCUUGAAGGAAUGGAACAGAUUGUCCACUUCAAUCUCCGACGCCGAGGUUGCUCGUGGUAAGGCUGCCGUUAAGACCGCUUUGUUGAGUGAAUUGAACUCGAGUAAGGCUAUCGCUUCCGACAUUGCUUCCAAGGUGUUGUUGGCUGGCUACAGAAGCUCAUUAUCUGAAGCUUUGGAAAAGAUCGAUGCUAUCGAGACCAAGCAUGUCAAGUCGUGGGCCCAAGCCACUUUGUGGGACAAGGACAUCGUCAUCUCCGGUACUGGACAGAUCGAAGGUUUGAUGGACUACAACAGGUGGAGAAACGGAAUGGCCAUGAUGAGAUGGUAA